GCCUAGCCUCGGUAUCUCCGCGGCGGGCGGCUUUUUCCCCGGAAUUGCGUGGGAGGGACGGACCUCCGCCCCGAUUCGUCAUCCGUGCCGUGGCCUUGCGGGACUCUUCCUCCCUCCCAUCGGAGCAGCCUAUAAAUUCCCAACUCCUCUCUUCUCGUCUCCACACAAAAUCCAAUCCAAUUCCCUCCCUUCUCCUCUCACAGAGGGAUCCCAGACCGAUCGAAAUCGAAGCCAAGGCCCCCUCGUCCUCCUCAAGAUGCAGAUCUUCGUGAAGACCCUCACCGGCAAGACCAUCACCCUCGAGGUCGAGUCCUCGGAUACCAUCGACAACGUUAAGGCGAAGAUCCAGGACAAGGAGGGCAUCCCCCCGGACCAGCAGCGCCUCAUCUUUGCUGGCAAGCAGCUUGAGGACGGCCGCACCCUCGCUGACUACAACAUCCAGAAGGAGUCCACCCUCCACCUUGUCCUCCGCCUCCGUGGUGGCAUGCAGAUCUUUGUCAAGACCCUCACUGGCAAGACCAUCACCCUGGAGGUCGAGUCCUCUGACACGAUCGACAACGUGAAGGCCAAGAUACAGGACAAGGAGGGCAUCCCCCCGGACCAGCAGCGCCUCAUCUUUGCCGGCAAGCAGCUCGAGGACGGCCGCACCCUCGCUGACUACAACAUCCAGAAGGAGUCCACCCUCCACCUGGUGCUGCGCCUCCGUGGUGGCAUGCAGAUCUUCGUCAAGACCCUCACUGGCAAGACCAUCACCCUGGAGGUUGAGUCUUCUGACACCAUCGACAACGUCAAGGCCAAAAUCCAGGACAAGGAGGGUAUUCCCCCGGACCAGCAGCGCCUCAUCUUUGCUGGAAAGCAGCUCGAGGAUGGCCGCACCCUUGCAGACUACAACAUCCAGAAGGAGUCCACCCUCCACCUUGUGCUCCGCCUUCGUGGUGGUAUGCAGAUCUUUGUCAAGACCCUCACUGGCAAGACCAUCACCCUGGAGGUUGAGUCCUCUGACACCAUUGACAACGUCAAGGCGAAGAUCCAGGACAAGGAGGGUAUUCCCCCGGACCAGCAGCGUCUUAUCUUUGCUGGAAAGCAGCUUGAGGAUGGCCGCACCCUUGCGGAUUAUAACAUCCAGAAGGAGUCCACCCUUCACCUUGUCCUCCGCCUCCGUGGUGGGAUGCAGAUCUUCGUCAAGACCCUCACUGGUAAGACCAUCACCCUGGAGGUUGAGUCUUCUGACACCAUCGACAACGUGAAGGCAAAGAUCCAGGACAAGGAAGGCAUCCCCCCGGACCAGCAGCGUCUCAUCUUCGCCGGUAAGCAGCUUGAGGAUGGCCGCACCCUGGCGGACUAUAACAUCCAGAAGGAGUCCACCCUCCACUUGGUGCUCCGCCUCCGUGGUGGCCAGUAGGUGCCUAGCCAUGGAGCUGCUUAUUUCUGUGGGUUCAUAAGUCUGAUGCUGUUGGUGUGCUCCAGUGGAGCUGUCAUUGUGUCCUCUUAUCUGGUCAUGUAUUUUGUUCUGUGGUGUUGAUGUCUACUUUACUUGUAUUUACAAACUUCUGCUGUGAUGCAGCAGCUUUGGUUGAACUGUGAUGAAUGAAUAAUUGAACCUUGAACUUAGUGUGAAA